AUCAAAUACUACUCUUGCUGCAUUUUUUGAUAUUUUAGAAACUGGUUAUCCAGAUUUACUUGUUGUACAAAAAGAUGAAAAUCAAACAUUUAAAUUAACGGCUUUUCAAAAUUCUAUUGUACAAGAUGUACAUUUUAUUAAAGUCAUGGUUCUGAGUAGUUUUAUGUG